GGGUGGAGGAAGGGGAGGAGGAGGAGGAGGCGAAGGCCGGGUGCGGGGGGAUUUAAGGGCCCGCGGUCCCCCCGGCCCGGCCUCCUCACGCCGCCCAGAGGGACGUGGGUGUCGGGACCCAAGUUUGUGCGGGUACGUGUGUGACCCCCUCCCCUCUCCGGGGGUCACACCGGUGACUGCGCAGGGAAGGGGCGUUUCCUUCUGUCCCCGCUUGGCUGACCCGGGGCGAAGGUCUCGGUGGGGAAACUGAGGCACGAGCGGGUGCCACCCGCAGCUCUCUCUGUGCAGCACCCGCUCAGCACCGCACGAUGAAGGCUCUUCUCCUCCUCCUCGCCCAGCUCUGCUCGGCAUCGCUGGUCCCCGAGAGGGAGAAGGACCCCGAGUACUGGCGGCGGCAGGCGCAGGAGACCCUGCGGAACGCGCUGAGGCUGCAGCGCCUCAACCAGAACGUGGCCAAGAACCUCAUCCUCUUCCUGGGGGAUGGUGAGAUGGGGGCACCCACCCUGGGCUGGGGGAGUGGUGCUGGGGGGGACAGGGAUGCCAUGAACUGGGUGAUCAUGGGCGGAGGGAGGAAAUACAUGUUCCCCAAAAACGCCAGUGAUGUGGAGUAUCCCCGGGAGGAGAAGCACCGGGGCACCCGCCUGGACCGCAGGAACCUCGUGCAGGCGUGGCAGGAGGCCAAACCCCCCGGCAAGGUUGCCAAGUACGUGUGGAACCGGCGGGAGCUGCUGGCGCUCAACCUCAGCCGUGUCGACUUCCUCCUGGGCCUCUUCGAGCCCGGGGACAUGGUGUACGAGCUGGACAGGAACAACGAGACGGAUCCUUCCCUCAGCGAGAUGGUGGCUGUGGCCAUCAGGAUGCUCCAGAAAAACCCCCGCGGCUUCUUCCUCCUGGUUGAAGGUGGGGAGUGA